AUGUCUCAUGCGGAGAUAUCGGGUGGUCACAGGCCGGGUAUUGUUGCAGCUGAGGCGGCCAAAGAUGUGACCGAGACUCAGCAACGUAAAGACACCAUCAACCGGGCUAUAUUCGACCACUAUGCAUACCUUGCCAUGUCUCCUGCAAGCGCAACGAUGCUUCCACAGCUGGUAGAGCAAGGUCUAGUAACAGAGCGUUCCCCUGUCGCAGCCGAGGCUACUGUGCCUUUGCCCUCGUAUGCAACUUUCACCACGAUGCAGUGUGUCCUCAUUAUCUGCCUGGCCCCAUUUGCCGCCACCUUCCCGGCAAUAGAUGACGUAUCUCACGCGCUUCAUGUUUCAGUGGGGAGAAUCAACCUCACCAUCACUUCCUACAUGAUCAUGGCUGGCAUCGCGCCGGCUGUUCUUGGAGACUUGGCCGAUAACAUUAGGCGCCGAAUGAUAUAUCUCUUUAUCAUGGGAAUUUACUGCGUGUCAAGUAUUGGUUCGGCACUGCAAAGAAACUGGUCGGCUCUAUUCCUCCUGAGAAUGUUACAAAGUGCUGCGAGUGCGGCUAAGUGA